UGUCUGGGACAGCUGUUGAGAGAAGCGCCCACAUUUAGCCAAAUGUUACCUAUGAUUUUACAUAUAUAGAGACAUAUUUUUUAUCUUACUGCUUAUUUAUGACACCAGACAAAGUUUGUGAUUCGGUUGUCGGUUUGUAAGAGGAAUGAAAAGGCUCAAGGGGAAGAAACAAAAAGCAGGAGUUGCGUUGAAUGGGAAUGGAUCUGUCUCAAGAGAAGCAGAUUGUGGAAGGAAAACGAAGUUGGCUGAGAUCCAUCAGGCUUUGAUCAGUGAUCCAGUGGACAUUGAGACCCUGAGGAGAGCAGCAGCCAGUAAAGGCGGUCUCCUCACUGAUGAACUGAGGAGGAAAGUCUGGCCCAAGCUGCUGAAUAUCAACGUGUACGAUCUACCACAUAAACCUGGUCGAGAUGUGAGGGAACACCACAAGGACUACAACCAAGUAGUCCUGGAUGUGAGGCGGUCCAUGAAGCGGUUUCCUAAAGGUAUGCCAGCCACAGAGAGAGCCGUGCUUCAGGAGCAGCUCAUCGACACCAUACUGGAGGUUUUGAAAGGAAACCCUCAGCUGCAUUACUACCAGGGCUACCACGACGUGGCCGUCUCUCUGCUGCUGGUAGUCGGAGAGCGGAUGGCCAUCGCUCUGCUGGAAACACUGUCCAACUUCCAUCUCAGGGAUUUCAUGGAUCCAACAAUGGACAGAACGAAGCACAUUUUAAACUACCUGAUGCCUAUUCUGGAGCAGGUUGAUAAAGAACUACACGACUUCAUGAUUAGAGCCGAGGUGGGAACCAUCUUUGCGCUGUCCUGGCUCAUCACUUGGUACGGCCACGUGCUGUCAGAGUUCAAACACACCCUGAGACUGUACGACUUCUUCCUGGCCUCACACCCGCUGAUGCCCAUCUACCUCGCUGCUACGAUUGUGUUGCACAGAGAGAAGGAGGUGAAGCAGACAGAGUGUGACAUGGCCAUGGUCCACCACCUCCUCUCCCGCAUCCCUCAGGAUCUCCCAUAUGAACUUCUGAUUGGCCAGGCCCAGGAUCUGUUCGACCAGUACCCUCCAUCCCUGCUGGCCAAGAGGGCAGCCCUGCAGUCUCGCAAGAGUCUGUCCAUCAGCACCUUCCAGGCGUUUCAGCGCUCGACCCUCCACCAGAGGCCCGACUCUGUUCUCCAACGUCUAACCAAAGCCCAGGGUGCCGCCGCCGCCUCCAGACACGGUCUGGAAGCAGCUCUGCCCCGGGAACAAGGCCAGUUGUGGGGGAAGGGGAACAGGAUGGUGAAGAUGGCCGUGUGGGGGCUGUCGGCGACGCUCGGGGCGGCUGUGUUUGCUGUGGCUCAGACGGCUUUGGACUGGGGACCCGACGUGUUACUACAACUGUUCUGAAGUGGCGGUGGGGAUUUAGACUUUUUGACACACGGUGACACAUGAUGACAGCAGAAACAGAUCUGCUAUCUGCUCUUCAGAUGACAAACAAUGAACAAACAAAGACAUGAAGUGACUUGUUGAAGGCUCUACUGCUAAGAGGACAUGUCGGAGGAAAGCUGGAGGAUGUCAGUUAUCUCGGUGCCAAACAGGUUGUUGCUACUCAACCACAGUGAACAUAUGUUAACUACCAGUCAGCCUCAGGGUGUGUGUGCGCGUGUGCGUGUGCGUGUGUGCAUCUGAACAAGUAUCCCAAACCACAUAUCACAUAUAAGCAUGGAUGGAUAACGUAACAGGCCAACCAUUGUUUGAUUAACUUGCCGUCACCUGAUGGCAUUCAAAGGACCAAAAGAAGUCACAAAAUGACAAUAAAGACACAAAAAACCUCAGAGUUAGAUGACAAAAUCAAUAUCUACCGAGAACACCACAGAACAUCAACAAAGAAGUUCCAAACAUCAACAAGGGGACGCGGAGAUUACAAUUUUAAACCACAAUGACCUCAAAGAAAUCCGAUACAAGAACAAAAAUACACAAAAUAACCUCAAAGGAAUGCAAAAUCACCAAAAAGAUACAUUAAGCAAUCUCAGAGACAAAAAAAGCAAAUCUUCUAUAGAGAUGCAAACCAACCACAAAUUGAAAUAAAAUAACCUAGAAGUGCAGAAAAAGAUACACAAUACAAAGACGUGUUAUGACCACAGAGAGAUGUAAAACCAAAAUCUUUCCACACAUGAAAUUUACACAUGUGAAGACAUCUUGUUUUUUUUCCACUGUUGCUCUCAAGUUACGGUGUAACACUCGAGAUGUGUCUUGUUGUGUUUCCUGUAAGCUGAUUAUUUUGCUGAUAUCUUACUUUUAGCCUGUCGUGCUUGUUUUGUUGCAUUUUUUGUUGACGUUGUUUAAGUACAUUUGUCGGUUCAGCAGCUGUAUCUGAGAGCCAAAAGUGCCCAUAGCCAGCACGAUGACACAUGAAUACAAAUUAUUAAAGAGUAUGGGGUUUCUCUGCUGAAAGCUUGCAGUAGUGAGGAAAGAAGGAGAACCGGAGAGGAAAAAAGGAAAGAUGGCGGGACAGAUUCUGCCUGGAACACCCUGGAAUUAAUUGCUUCCCUCCUGGUGUUGGCGAUCUAAAUCCACAGUAAAGGUUUCACACACAGGCAGAGCGAGCUGAACUCAACGCAGCACUCAAUGCAAACAGUGGCUGUCUUAAGAGAUACAUUUUUGCAGCAGUCUUUAAAAAAACGUAUGUUUUUAAAUGUUAUUUUUAUAUUUUUUCCCGAGCACAGUUUUCUGAACGUUGUUGGCCCACCUCUGCUGAAUGGAAGACACCAGUACUUUUUUACAUUUUUAAAAUAUUUAGUAGGUUUGCGCCAACACCCACCCUGAACUGCUGUCAACAGAACUACAGUCCAUGCACUCAGCUUUUCUUUAGCAUCUUAUUUCUCUGAAAUAUUCUCCAUGAUAGACCAAUAAAAAUUAUUUUCAGGCUACAAUUUAGGAACAUUUGGAUGGAUUAUUUUAACAAAUGCCAUGGGGUAACAGAGGCUGUCCUUUGAACCUUUUUUUUACAUUAGAAGUUAACUACUUAAAAAAAGUCACCACAAAAUCUAAAGCGUAAUUUCAUAACCUGAAUAUUAAUAAUACAGGCCGUUUCCACCUGAGGCACAUGCAUAUGUAUGGAGCACGCGGGGUUCUCCAAACAGUGAUGCACGCUCUAGUUGUUGCCUCAUAUUGUGAAACAUUUAUCAGAUUGCACUAGCGGAGCCAAGCUGCUGCAUCUGUAAACACAACUUCACUGGAGUCACAACACUCCUUUUCCUCUGCCGUCACAUUUACAGUGAAUGUGUCACAUCUGUGCUCAGCUGAAUGUGAAGUGUACACUGUUGAUUUUAGACGUGUGUUAACACAUGAUUUCAGCUGCUUUACACUUGUGUUGUGUUCAACACUGGAGUGAAGUAAUGUGUUGUACAAAAUGCAGAGUCAUUUUUCCCGAGCCCGGCAGCUUCUUUGAAGAAAGCAGAGCUGAGUAAUCAUUUAAAGCAGUAAAUCCAUCAAGAUCCAGGAGGAGAUGCUGAAGGGAAUUCCUCACAAAAUGACAAUUUCUGUCGUUUUGAUAGGUGUUAAUCAGUCACUUUAUUAGGCAAUCAAUAAACCAAUCAAAGGCGUGUAGCUCAGGUAAUUAGCUAGCCAGUUAGCAUUCAGACAUCCAGUCAGCCAAACAAGCUGCUGUGGAGGUUUGAAAAGCCUUGUAUUGUUUUUCUUGUGCCGCCUCACAUUUCCACAUGUGCCUAUGAUGUGAUAUCCUGUGUUCAUUUUUGAGAGAGAGACUUGAAAAUGUUCACUUUGGUCAGUUUCUUUUUCAUUUUUGUAACUUUUCUGGGCAUUUUCUGUUUCAAUUUUCAUGCUAUCAGGAGUGUACGUAGUUAUUUCAAGAGCAACAGUCUGGUUGGCUAUUUAUUAGAAAUACUUCAAUAUUAAUACCAGGGGGGAAACUCAGCGAUGUUUGAACAUGUAAUUGGACAGUAUGAAUGUGUAUUUAAAAUGAAAAUGAGGUACAGGAAAACAUGUGUUUCUGUGGUUGGUAAUUAUCAUCGGACUGGUGUUUUUAUUUAUAUUAUCUUAAAACAGGAGUAGUUAGACCUUUAAGUUAAUCCACUUGUUUGUUUUAUUGCAGUGUUGAGUUGAUAUAUACCACUCUCACUUUGUGUAUGCUAAAUAACAGGCUACCACUAGUUGCCACUUAGCUUAGCUUAACUUGGCUCAGCAUGGCUUAGCUCAAUUUAGGCUAAAGACAGGAAGAAGGGUGAAAUAGCUAACUUGACUCUGUCCGAGUUUAACAAAAAUAACGAACAGCACUUAAACGCUCCCUAAGAAACAGUGUGUGGUAUUCUAUGGAGGUUAUGAGCUGGGCUUUUCUUGGGCGGGUACAUUUACAGACAGGCGACCAGCAGAAACUGCAGAAACGUAUACGUAUGGAGUAGGAUAGAAUUAAUUUUUCAAAAGUAAUUUGCAAGCUUAUUUUCCAAAAUGCUUAACUCCUUCUUUACAUUUUUGCCUCAUGCGUUAUCUAACUUUACAGAUAAAGGUAAUGGAAAUAAAAGGACAUUUUAAAGGGAAAGUUUGCUGCCAUAUGAUGCAUGCUGACGUUGAUGUACGCUGACAUUUAUCCUGCUGUUACUAUGUAACAGAUCAUGCAACAGCGAGUUUAAUUCUGUUGAUGCAAGCUUUAAUUUGACAGUGAUUGCAUGUGGUUGUGAAUUUUAUGCUUUGAAAAAAUGUCUUUAAAUAUGCAGGGAGAAAGCUUUUGGAAAGGGUCUGUGAUCUUCAAACAAAAGUCAAGAUGCUACUUUAUUGUUGUAUUAUUAGUGCCAGGUAGACACACACACGUACACUAACACUCAUAGAGGAAAAGAGCGUUGGUUGGUGCCAGAUCAUAAUGAGGAUUUAAUUUCUGCCCCUGGCUCAUGGCACGCUCAAGACAAAUUUCUCCUCGUCUCUUUUCCUUUUUUCUCACAUUCACACUCGAACACCUUCAGCAACACCUGCACUGCUCUCAGUCUGCCAGAGACCUUUGAUGAAAAAUAACUGAAGCAUGAUCGUGGGUUUAAAUUAAAAUGAUGUAGAUGUAAAAAUGAGAAGAUGGAUGUUUGAGAUGUUGAUCUCUGGUCCAAACUUGAAGAAAACAUGAACAAAAUAAGAUUUAUAAUUUAAUUUCUCUGUUGUGCAAUGGAUGACUUUUGAUGAAUUUUUAUUUGAAUCUAUCAUUUAUGAUCAAUGCUACAAUUUAAUUGUCUUUUUUAGUCUUCCUUGUUUAAUUUAGCCCACAUCUGCAAAGCUCUUUUAAGCUCUUUUGCACUCCACCUAUUACACAACCUGUUAAAUCUGUUUGCCAAACAAAAAAAUAAAAUACCAUGGAUAAUAAUAAUAAUAAUAAUAUAUUGUUUUUUUAUAGCGCUUUUCUAGGAACCCAAAGACGCUUUGACAAAAUAUAAAACCAAUAAUUUUUUGAAUUUGAGUAUAACUAAUCAAUUUUUAUGUUAAUUAUGACACUUGUACUGCAUCUUUAGAAACAAAAAUACAAAUAUUUCUACUUUUAAAUGAAGGCUGAAUGAUUAAGAGCAAAAUAACACAAGAAAAAUAGAGUGGAAAAAUCCAGAAUACUUUUGAGUGAUUUUAAGAACAGAUUCUUCAGUUGAAGAGGAUGCAACUUGACAGUAGCUGAAAUCUCCUUUGACAGCCACUCAUACGGUUGAUUUAAACAACCCCCCCAAAAAAACCAUACAACCCAGAAAAACAAACACUUUUUAUGUACAUCAAAAUAACUCAUAUUUCAUCCCAAAUUAUGAGUUCAGUGUUGUGUGAUGAGGAGCCUGAAGCUGAACUCCCAGAGAGCUCGCAUUGAGCCUCUCAUGACCGCUCUGUCCUCCCCUCAGGUCUGAAAAAAAUCCCAUGAGAAUCAAAUCACACCAAAUGCUUCUACAGAUAAUGCAAUAAGCCUUUAAUGUAUGUGUGCACAUUUCCCAUGUAAUGGUUACUUAACCUUUUGGUACAAACUGUACUCUUGAACAUAUCAGGUUCUUUGCACCUUGUACUUGUGAAGUGGUUUUAUUGAGACAACAGAAGAUGUUUCUGUGUGUUUGAAGGAAAAGAGAAUAAAUGAAGAAAACAC